AUUUCAAAUGUGCUAGAUGAUUAGAUAAGGUUAAGUACCUUUGUUUAUCCUUGAAAUUAACUUUUUUUUCAAACACUAAAAUACAAAUUAUUAAUUUUUAGUGUUUAAUAGACUUUGAUAGUCAGGUAUCAUUUAAAUUUUUGUAUUAAAAACACUUGAUUAAAAAGUUUUAAGUGAAUUAAAAAAAAGUUGUUUACGCGUUCCAAACAAAGGACUGUUAAAAAACGUUGUUUAGAACAAAGUGAUUAGAAGAAAAAAUGGUGAAUGAAAAUCUUGAAGAUGUUGGAGAUGCUUGGGGAAAUCCAUCCUCGAGUGUUGCUCCCUAUGUGAUCGCCAAAAUGUCUGUGGAUGCGACUUCUGCAUAUUAUAAUAUGAAUCAUCCAAAACGUGGAAUUGCUUUAAUUUUUAACCAUGAAGAAUUUGGUGUAGGUGGCUUAAAACAACGAGCUGGCACUGCUGUAGAUUGCGAAAAUUUGAAUGAACAAUUGAAAACUUUGGGUUUUGAGGUGAAAGUGUAUAAUAAUAUGAAUUAUACUGACUUGAAUUAUGUUGUAGAAGAUGUUGCUCAAUUAGAUCAUUCAGAAAAUGAUUGCUUCCUAAUGGCAAUUCUAUCGCAUGGUGAAUUAGGUAUUAUUUACGCAUAUGAUUGUCAAUACAAAUUGGAAAGUCUUUGGUCGAAAUUCACUGCUGAUCGCUGUCCGUCAUUAGCUGGAAAACCAAAAAUUUUUAUUGUUCAAGCAUGUCAGGGCGAUAAAUUAGAUGCUGGUGUUACAAUGUCACGUACAGAAGUUGAUGGAACACCGAUGCAAUCAUAUCGAAUUCCUACACACGCAGACUUCUUAAUCGCAUAUUCCACUAUUCCCGGUUAUUAUUCAUGGCGUAAUACCACACGCGGCUCAUGGUUCAUUCAAUCAUUAUGUGAAGAAUUAAAAAUCAAUGGUAAAAAAUUAGAUUUUCAAACAAUUUUAACAUUUGUAGCACGUCGUGUUGCUGUCGAUUAUGAAUCCAAUGUACCAGGUGAUAAUCUUAUGCACAAACAAAAGCAAAUUCCAUGUGUUACAACAAUGUUAACUCGUCUAAUUGUAUUCCCAGAUAAACAAUAAUUUUUGUUUACAUUAUAGGUGCUAUAAUUUUUUACUUUUAAAGGAUCAGUUUUUCCAUUUUUGAGUAAUGUUCUUACUUAGAUUAGCUCUUUGAUAACGAUAAAUGCUUGUUAAUCUUUAGUAUAAAUUACCAAUCCAUCUUUCAUCUUAUGAUAGAAAUUACGAAUACCGUAAGUUUCGUUUAUCAAUAGGUAAGAUUACCUAGUGUACAAACUAAAACUCGUCCAAGGGGAUUUCGCUCAAUUUUUUAUUUAUUUCUAGGAUAAAUUUUUUAAAAUCUAUAUAAGUUAUAGUCGAUUGUAGGCGUUAUCUAUGUAAUAAUAAAAAAAAUUAAGUUUCAUCCUUGAAAUUGUAGGACAAUCCCAUUUUUCUUUAUUCUUUGAAAUAUCUAAAGCUCCAUAAUUUACUAA